AUGAUAAAUAAUGAGAAUAACUCAUAACACCUUAAAAGCAAACCACUUUUUUCAGUCAUGAAACUGAUUAAUAACAACACUUUCCGUGGAUAAUUUAGUGAACCAAAUCAACUUAGCUCAAGCAUUUUAUAAUAAACCAAUCCUUAAUUAUCAUUUCCUAGAGCAGAACGGUUCUAAUCUCAUCAUGCUCCUUAACUUCCUUCUCCAAAAUAUCUUUGUUUAACUGACACUAAAACUAAAAGAGCUACAUCUUUUGGCUUCGGGAACAAAUAGCUUAGACCAUUAGAUCUUGAGAAAAGAGAUCAAUUAAAUCCAGCUCCUGGAACAUAUGAUUUAAAAUAGGCAUCUUGUAGAUCUUGCAGCUUUGGAAUGAAGUUAUAAUCGACAAGAACUUUUGAUGUCCCAGGUCCUGGAUCAUAUGAUCUAAAAUUGCUGAAUAAAACUAAGGCCUUUAGUAUCUAUAGCAAAAUUAAGUAUGAACUUAAAAUUUAUUUAUUAGCUCUGAUAUCAAAUUACCUAAAACAGCCUCCCCUACUAUUUAUCUUCCUACUGAUAACAUCAUUUAGAAUAAUAGAUUUAAGUAAAUCACAUUCGGGUUUGGAGAUAGGCCAUUACCUGGACUGAAGAACGAAUCACCUGGUCCAGGGUCAUAUGCUUUGAAAUCUGUUUUCGAAAUGAAACCAAAGAAAAAAAAACUAAUUUUGAUUGACUUUUUGUAUAAUAAAUUAUAUGAUUAUAUAUAUGGAUUAUAAAUAAAAUUCUAAAAUUAAUUUUUGUAUUCAAAUAGAUAUAGGAAUAAUUUGAUGUUAUAUUUAAUUAAUAUACUGAUUCUUCAUUUUUAAAAGGGUUAGGUAAACUUUAGAAAUUGGCAGGAAUAUUAGAAUUCAUUGUAUAUAUAUGUAAUUUAUUAUAUAACUUGCAUUAUUAUUUAAUCAAGUUAUAGAAUGGAAUAAUCCUUGUUUAAUAAAUACCUUCCACCAACAUUAAAGAAAACUUUGCAAAUGUUAAUUUUAACAUUAGGAUUGUCUGUAGUUGUUUGUUUAUUGGAAGGGAUAACAUAAACUAACCUCACUUCUGAAAUAAGUAUUAUAAAUACAUAAUUAAGGUAAUGAAUGUGAGGUAGUACCAGCAACAAUUAUUCAAACAAUCUCUUGUUAUUUAGUUUUUAUAACACUUUUACUAUUUAUAUUUUCGAUUUUUAGAAUGUUUAAAUCAUACCUUCUGAUUGCUACGAUAUUAAGCAUCGUUUUUAAAUUCAUUGCAUUUAUUAUGACUAAAUCUCUGGUAGAUUAAUUAUGGGGAAAUUGCUAUUUUUAAAGGAUCUAAAUUACGAGCUUUUACUUUAGCGAUGUAUUUUGGAUAAUACUUUUGUUAUUUUAUUAUAAUACUCUUUUAAAUUUAUAUAAAAAGUUUCCAGAAAUUUUGUAUUCAAGAUUUAACAUAAGUUUGGUAUGGCAAAGUUGA